CUUCAGCUGAAUGAGAGAACAGAUGGGACGAAAGAGUUACAGGGAGCAGGAGCCUACAAAGAGAAUAAAAUAGGGAACCUUGUUUCCUUAUUUUAUUUUAAAAUAGCAUCUUUUUCUUACAUCAGCACUCAGUUUUGUAGCAGUUCUUCUGACUUUAGAGCUUAUAUAUUUUGCUGAGUUUUUUUUUUUUAUUCCCCCCUGGUGGGGAGGGAAACAGUAGGAAGUAGGUAUUAGAAGGAAUAGAUUUAGUUAGGGUUUAAAGGAUUGAUUGUAAUUUGAGAAGUUGGAAAUCAAAGUUGGCUCUUUACUACUGGUCUUAUUGUAUCAGUAUAUAAUAACACGAUUAUUAUAGGGGAAGAGUUGCGGAAGUGCUCCUGCAAAGAGACUUGCUUUCUCCCAGGUUUAGGGGCUGUACUGUGUGUCCUUCUGUUUCCCACCCUCCCCCAGCCCCUCUCUCUUCCUAUCCCUCUUUCCCUCACUCCCUCUCUUGUGGCCGCCUCUGCAAGGCUUCCUUUAGCCCUCCCCUCUGCUGGUUGCUAUGGUGUCCAAGCUUUACUUGCUCUGGGCAGUGGCAGUCGCUGCACUGGCGCUGCUGAGCCGCCUGGCGAUAGCCGUAGGUCCGGUGGUCCGCUGCGAGCCAUGCGACUCACGGGCCCUGGAGCAGUGCAAGCCUCUGGUGCCUGACUGCGCUGAGCUGGUGCGCGAGCCAGGCUGCGGAUGCUGCCUGACCUGCGCCCUGCAAGAGGGUAACUCGUGCGGCGUAUACACGGAGCGCUGCGGGGCGGGUCUCAGCUGCCAGCCCCAGCCCGGAGAGCCCAGACCCCUGCAGGCGCUCUUAGAUGGCCGGGGCCUCUGUACCAAUGUGACGGCCAGCAAGCUGAAGACGUUCCUGAUGCAAGGACCGCAUGCUACAGGAAAUGCCAGUGAUGAAGAAGAAGACCGAAAUACCAGCAGCAUGGAGAACCAAGCAAUCCCCAGUGUACCCCGGGUACCUGAUUCCAAAUUCCAUCCACACCACACCAAACUAGACAUCAUCAGGAAGGGACAAGCCAAAGACACUCAACGCUACAAAUUGGAGGAGUAUGACUCACAAAGCACAGAUACACAGAACUUCUCUUCUGAAUCCAAACAGGAGACUGAAUAUGGUCCUUGCCGCAGAGAAAUGGAAGACACCCUGAACCACCUGAAGUUUUUGAAUGUCCUGAGCCCAAGAGGAAUUCAUAUUCCAAACUGUGACAAGAAGGGAUUUUAUAAGAAGAAGCAAUGCCGUCCAUCCAAAGGAAGAAAGAGAGGUUUCUGCUGGUGCGUGGAUAAAUACGGACAGCCACUUCCUGGAUAUGAUGCCAAAGGGAAAGGAGAUGCCCACUGCUACAACUUGGAGAACAAAUAAGUGCCAGAUGCCAACUCCUAUGGAAUCUCUGUAUGGCCACAGAAUUCAUCCAUCAGAGACCUUUGGAGUGGUUGGGAGAAGGCAUGGACCACAUUGGAGUUUCAAGUUCUGCCUUCUCUUAUUGAUUUAGGGGAUUUUUUUUAGACUCUGUGGACACUGCAGCUGUGCCCUGCCAUUGCUCCUGCCUUCCUCUUUGCCUUCUCUACAACACCGAGGGAGGUCUGAAUUCCCAUGUAAAUCUGCACUAUUGAUCCCCAGAGACAGAGAAAAAGGCACUUCAGAAAAGAUUCAGGGAGUCUCCACUGACUUUAAAAAAACAACAACAAAAAACGGCCUGUGACCCAUUUGAUCCCAAAAGAUACUGUGUGUUAUUUUAAAGAAUUUAUAGAGUGUACACUUUUAAGAUAUAAAAAGGAAAAAAAAAACAAGGAAUUUAAAAUUUUAAGUUUUUCUUUAAACAGGUCUUUAUGGGACAAAAAGUCUUCACGGGUAAAAUGUUUUAUAAAAAAAUCUCAAAGAACUUUUUAAAGAAUCAUGUUUCUAAAAUAAAGACAUGGCUAUUUUUCUCUGUAAAAUAUAUUAUGAAUAUUCUGUUAGUCUGUAUUUAAUAUAAUUUUUUAAAUAAACUUUAUUUAAAUGUAACAUGUGAAUAUGAAAUGUUACACCAUCAUUUUGAAGUAUGCCGUUGAAUCUGUGCAAGUUUAAAAAAGAAAGAAAAACUAUCAUAAUAGUGAUAACCUUCUCCUUCCAAGAUGAAUUUAUCAAGUGGAAGAAAAAUUUUUUAUGAAACUAUUAUAAUAGUAAUAUCCUUCUCUUUCCAAGAUAAAUUUAUCAAGUGAAAGAAAAAAUUUUUAAUUAAAAUUUGUUUUGCUUUUUGGAGAAAAAAACCCUUCAAACCAUGAGGUUUUUGACUAUGAAAUCUAGACAAAUUAUCUUCCACAAUUUUUUUUCUUUCAUUAAGAUAUUUUAUCCCACAAUGUACAUUCACCACAUAAUUUGACUUCAGUAUGUCUUAUGUUUGUAUAUGCAAGGGCAAAAUGGAGCCUUUGGGGUUUUUUCCCAAUUUUAUGUCAAUGUGUAUCUUUUUUCUUCUUGUUUUAGUUAAUGUGGAGCUCAAUUUCGCCUUAUUUUGCACAAGUGACCACCACUGCCAUCUGUAAUGUGCAUGGAUCAGCUGCAGGCUACAGCCUUGAUUUUCAUUUCUUGCCGUGGUGAACUGAUUUUUAACCAAAGUUUAGAAAGAGGUUUUUGGAAUGCCUGAUUAUUGCAAAUAGGAAGCUGAGUGUAUUUCUAGCAAUUUGAUUGUCCUUGUUGCUUCAUAUAAAGAAAGUGUCAUAAGCAUCAGCCAAAUGUUGCCAUGACUCGUAGCCUAUGGUACACUGCAUAUUCAAUGAACUGAUUCUCUGACUUUGCUGGUUAUUCCUAAACAAUUUUGAAUGGUGUGGGUUGAAUAGAAUCCAUGCUGCCAUUUUCAUGCUUUGUAAAAUGGAAGUGGACAUCACCAGGAAGGAACAAAAACAUUUAACUCUCCUUUUCUUGAAAUACUGACUCACUCCUGUAAUGGGUAGCCUGAUGCCUUCUGUGACUGCCUCUGAAACAAGGGGAUGGUUUCAUGUAAGGAAGAAGAAGUCAAUUUUUCAUGUUUUUGAAAUCAUGUGGACUGUUUUGUGAAGCAUUGAGGAAAUAUGCUAGAAUUUAAUCUGGAAAGAAGGAGAGGAAUCCUUUGAGAAGUCAAUUGUGGACUCUUAGCAGGCAAUCCAGACUUUUUUCCCCUUGUUUUUGAGUUCUAAUGAAGUUAACCACAGUAUAGAACUCUUAAGCAUUUCUAUGGUGCUCCCAGGUCAGAUGACUCCAAAAGGAGUAAAAUGAGGCUCUGGCCUACAACUUGAAAAACAAUAAUCAUCCUUCUGCUGCUUGUAUAGUAAUAUGUGCAAACCCAACAACUUUAAAAGCAGACAUUCUUGUUGGGAAUGUUUUCUAAAGCCAAUAAUUUUUUUUUCUUAAUUACCAUCCCCCCCCCAACAAUGUAAAAAUAGCAAAACAAAGGAUAACCAAACAGUGGAGACUCAUCAGUAACACAGUAUAUAGCAGUACAUAGAGAAUCAUCUGUAUUUUUAAAGUUUGAAAUCUUUUUUUAUAACAUACAAAUAUAUGCAGAGAAGGAACAUUUAUAAUGCAUUUUGAGCAUAUUAUAUUCCAUAUAGUCAAAAUAAGUGUAAUAGAAACAUAUACUAGAUAACACUAGAUAAUGUGCUAGAAAUACUAGAUAAUAUAAAUAUAUAGACAAUUGAUUAAAGGAUUCUAUAUAUUAAGGAACAGACCUGCUCUAUUUUUAGAAGCCAAUCUCAUUUCCAUUAGAAUAUUGACAGCUCAAAUGAAAUGGUUUCUGAUGGACUGAAGCAAUUGGAGUCAUCAAUGCCUUAUGUUGAUUUGAUUCCCAAAUAUGUGUAGUGUACUGCCUUUGCACCUCAAAUGGAUUUCUCUUGGGAGGAAAUAAAUUAACCAGCAGAUUCUGGCUAUUGACAAGGUUUUUGUUUUUGAGAGAAGGUAUUUUUUGAAAAAAAAAUCAAGUCUUGCGAUGUAUUUGCAAAUAGUAAAUAAAAUUGUUUUUGCUAUUAAAAAAAAUAAUCGCUUA